GCAAGUGCUGGACCCUACAUGCCCGUUUUAAAAGGAGGCGUGAUCUGCUGGUCCUGCUCUUCUCUGGGGGGCAGGCGGACGGACUGGACCUUGUUCCUAACUGUUAACGUAACCCAACAGGCCGUUAGGAACAAAGUAAAAGCUGAAGAAAUCCAAGAAACAACCCAAGAAAAUAGGACAUACUUUAGAUCUUUCAACCAGCGGGGAAGAUGAAGUGGGGCUGGGGGCUUGCAGGGCUUCUUCUGGCCUGUGGAAUUUUAUCCUGGGGGGAUCGGGGCCUGGAGGUCCCAGAGUACGACGGCAAGGACCGGGUCCACGUGAUGACCAACAAGAACUACAAGACCAUCAUGAAAAAGUAUGACGUCAUGGUGAUCUACUUCCACAAGGCCGUCGGGCAGAACCUCAUGGCCAGGCAGCAGUUUGAAGUGGAAGAGCUUGCCUUGGAGUUGCUAACCAGUCCUGCCGCCCUGACCUACCAGCUCGCCGCCCAGGUGCUGGACGAUCUGGACGAUGAAGAUAUCGGGUUCGGUCUGGUGGACGAGAAGAGAGACGCUGCCGUUGCCAAGAAACUGGGGCUGGAGGAGGUGGACAGUAUCUAUAUCUUUGCUGAUGAUGAGAUCAUCGAGUAUGAUGGACAGAUGGCGGCAGAUACGCUGGUGGAGUUCCUCUAUGAUGUAAUUGAAGAUCCAGUGGAGAUCAUUGAUAACGAGCGCGAGCUGAAAGGCUUCUAUAACCUCCACGAGGACACCAAGCUGGUGGGGUUCUUUAAGAGCGAGAAGUCCCGGCAUUUUAUUGAGUUUGAUGACGCCGCUGAGGAGUUCCAUCCCUUCGUCAAGUUCUUCGCCACCUUCGAGCCUAAAAUUGCCAGGAAGCUGAAGCUGAAUCUGAACGAGGUGGAUUUCUACGAGCCUUUUAUGGAAGAUCCCGUCACCAUCCCGGGAAUGCCGUAUACCGAGGCCGAGAUCGUCGAGUACAUCGAGGAGCACGAGAGACCAACUCUGAGAAAACUGGAACCUCACAGCAUGUACGAAACCUGGGAGGACGACAUUAAUGGUCAACACAUUGUAGCUUUCGCUGAGGAGACUGACCCCGAUGGUUUUGAGUUUCUGGAGAUCCUGAAGGAGGUGGCUCGUGAGAACACUGAAAACCCAGACCUGAGCAUCAUCUGGAUCGACCCGGACGACUUCCCUCUGCUGGUGCCGUACUGGGAGAAGACCUUCGGUAUUGACCUGUCCUCUCCUCAGAUCGGCGUGGUGGAUGUGAAGGAUGCUGACAGUGUUUGGAUGGAAAUGGACGAUGAGGAGGACAUGCCCACUGCUUAUGAGCUGGACAGCUGGAUCGAGGACGUCCUGGCGGGAAAAGUUGACCCAGAUGAAGACGAUAGUGAUGAUGAUGAUGAAGAAGAGGAGGAGGAUGACGACGACGACGACGAUGACGACGCUGACGAUGAUGAUGAUGACGACGAUGAUGAUGACGACAACGAUGAUGGCGAUGAUGAUGAUGAUGACAACGACGAUGAUGACGACGAUGAUGAUGACGACGCUGACGAUGAUGAUGAUGACGAUGACGACAACGAUGAUGAUGACGAUGAUGAUGAAGACGAUGAUGAUGACGACGACGACGGUGAUGACGACGACGACGGUGAUGACGACAACGAUGAUGAUGAUGAUGAAGACGAUGAUGAUGACGACGGUGAUGAUGACGACGACGACGACGACGGUGAUGACGACGACGACGGUGAUGACGAUGAUGAUGAUGAUGGCGAUGACGACGAUGAUGAUAAUGACGACGAUGAUGAUAAUGACGAUGAUGACGACGAAUAAACUCUUUAAAAUCAUUUCAGGGAUCACUUUUGAUUGGCCGGCACCGGCCCAAACUCAUCAAACCCCUCAACAUCAUGCCAAGUUUAAACUUCAUCCUCAGAUCUGGUAUCUAAUCAUCUCCAGUCAUCACCUCCAGUCUGCAGAAGCUUUGUGCCGUUCUGUCAGCACCGCCAGCACCACCAGCACCACCACCACCCAUCAGCACCACCAGCAGCACCACCCUGAAGCUUGAGGAGAACUUCAGGAGCAAAACUGACUGGUCUUUUUACAGAACCCUCAGAAUCUGCAACAACCGCCAUCAAUCAUCACCGUUCUAUGGUCCAAGCUCUUACUCUGGAACAUUCGCCUGCUGACGGCUCCGGGAGUCCAGGCUGGAGGGGGGCUGUGUUUAGCUGUGUUUAAGGGCUACGUGUUGAUUUUCUGUAUGUGUGUAUGUAUGUAUGUAUGUAUGUGCGCGUGCGUGAGUUCUUGUGAGAGGAAAAGGGGUUUAUAUUUAUUUGUCUUGUGAGUUCCUGUACUGUUCUUACUGUACUCAUUCUACGUCUGAUUCUCUACAGAUAAAUCUGUUCCUCUGGUCACGGUCACAUUGUGUAAAGGAGGAAUCUACAUUAACUAGAAUGUCUUAAUUCAAAAAUAUUUGGGAAAUCAGUGGACAAACAACAUUAAUUCAAAGGGAAAAGCAGAUUUUAACUAAUUUUGUUAACUGA